AUGAUUGUACUAUUGGCAUAUAUAACUGAUGAUAUUACAAAUAACCCUGAUUCAAAUGAUACACAACAAUAUAAACGUCCUCAUGCCAAACGUCCUGAAAUAAGGAUUAUUAAUGCAUUUAAUGAAGAGAUAUCAACAGAUGUUUUGUCACUUCAUGGAUACCAACACUAUCAAGCAAACGAUUAUACUCUUGACUAUUUUCCUGAAGAAGAUAUGUUUUAUAUUGUUAGUCCAAAAGAUCUUGUUUUGUCGAAACCUCGAGAUUUGGAUGAUCAUAUAUGUUGGCUUCUUGAACGGUCCAGAUAUGAAGAAGCUUUGACAUCUUUGCAAGAAGCUCAAGUAUGGGGUGGUAGUAAAGUUUAUGACUUUACUGAUAUUGGUGAAAAAUAUUUGUCGUAUUUAAUAGAAGAACAAGAGGAUUUUUCAAAGGCAGCAGAAAAUUGUACUAGGAUUCUUAAGAAAGAUGCUGACUUAUGGGAGAAAUGGGUUUUUAUUUUUGCUAAAUUAAGACAAUUACAAGAAAUUACACCAUUUAUACCAUUUAAAGAUCCUCAAUUAAGCAGCACCGUAUAUGAAAUGAUUUUAGCUCACUUUUUAAAUUAUGAUCAUCAGGCACUUUGUGACACUAUAAUGAGUUGGCCAUCAUCAAUUUAUAAUAUUCAAAGUGUAAUUUUACUUAUUGAAAAUAACUUGGAAAAAGAACCCGAGAAUAAUGUUUUAAUGGAAUGUUUAGCAGAAUUAUAUGCAUACAAUCAUGAACCUGAUAAAGCACUUGAAUACAAUCUUAGAUUACUCAGACCAAAUGUUUUUGAUUUAAUUAUAGAAUAUAAUUUAUUUCCUGCAGUUCAAGAAAAGGUAAUUCUUCUAAUGAAGUUUGAUCAACAUUUAUUAGCUGAAGCUAAAAAAAAAGCAAAUGAAGAAGAUGAAAUGAAGAAUGAGUUGAAUACUACAAAAAAUAAUAAGUCUAAUGCUGGACUUUUGACUAAAGCAACUGAUGGACCGGCUGUUCGAUUAUUAGUUGAGAAUACUCAUGAUGUUCCAAUUAGAAAUGUUGUUCAACGUUUAAGAUCACAUAAAGACUUUCUACAUAUUUAUUUGGAUGCAUUGUUUCUUCAUGAUCACCAUGCAGGAUAUGAAUUCCAUAAUGAACAGGUAGAAUUAUAUGCAGAAUAUGAUUAUCCUAGAUUGAUAGAUUUUCUGCGCUCUAGCAAUUAUUAUUCACUGGAAGAGGCAUUUAAAAUAUGUGAACAGAGGGAUUUAGUACCCGAGAUGGUAUAUAUUCUUGGAAGACUGGGAAAUAAUAAAAAAGCUCUUAUGUUAAUUAUAGAAAGACUACAAGAUGUUCAAAGAGCAAUAGAUUUUGCUAAAGAACAAGAUGAUAAGAUACUUUGGGAGGAUUUGUUGAGAUAUUCUUUGGACAAACCAAGAUUUAUUAUUGGAUUGUUGGAAAAUCUUGGUGGGACAAGUAUUGAUCCAAUUAGUUUGAUAAAUAGAAUUCCUGAUAGAUUGGAAAUCCCAGGAUUGAAAGAUGCCUUGAUAAAAGUUCUUCAAGAUUUUAAUUUACAGGCAUCAUUACGAGAAGGAUGUCAAAGAAUUUUGGUUAAUGACAGUGUUUCGAUGGCUAAUCAACUUCACAAAGCACAGAAACGUGGAAUUUCAAUUGAAGAUAGUAUUAACAAACUUACCCUCAACAACAAAGGAGUAGGCUCAAAAGUUAGACAUAAUACUAUAAUAAGAGAUCAGAUCUCUUCUCCAAGAGGAUACAUUAACAGUUGUAGUCAACAAAAUUUAAGAGAUGACGAUGGUAUGUCACCAAUGGUCACAUUAUGA